AUUACCCUUGAGUUUGCUUCAGACCAUCACACAACUGGAAGAUGUUUUGCACACUCCUGUGCCUGGGAACUUUCAUCUCUCUUGCUUACAUUUCAUUCAAGAGUGCUGUGUGCACCGGAGCACGCUUGUGAAGCCGGCAUCUGGGAGACAAAGCACAGAGAUCACAGAGAACUAAGUAACGCACUUCCGAGAGGGAAUAACCAAUCACGAGUAAGUGAGCGCGGGUUGAACCUCCGAGGCACCCAUAGCCCACUUCCUGGCCGUCCUCAGUAAAGACCGGAAGCAGAAGUCCUAUUCUUCGCGUUUGCAUCCCUGCGUCGGCGCAGCCUGUGUGCGUCAGUUCCUGGCGGCGGGGACCGGGAUAGCCAACGGCCUGUGGAGCAACAUGCCCAAGUUUUAUUGUGACUACUGUGAUACGUAUCUUACCCACGAUUCUCCGUCUGUGAGGAAGACACACUGCAGUGGUCGGAAACACAAAGAGAAUGUGAAAGACUAUUACCAGAAAUGGAUGGAAGAACAGGCCCAGAGCCUGAUUGACAAAACAACGGCUGCAUUUCAACAAGGAAAGAUCCCUCCAGCUCCGUUCUCUGCUCCUCCGCCUGCAGGGGCCAUGAUCCCGCCUCCCCCCAGUCUCCCGGGUCCUCCUCGGCCUGGCAUGAUGCCUGCACCCCACAUGGGAGGCCCUCCCAUGAUGCCAAUGAUGGGCCCCCCUCCUCCUGGGAUGAUGCCUGUGGGACCAGCUCCUGGGAUGAGACCACCCAUGGGAGGCCAUAUGCCCAUGAUGCCCGGGCCUCCAAUGAUGAGACCUCCCGCCCGCCCUAUGAUGGUGCCCACACGGCCUGGCAUGACCCGGCCAGACAGAUAAGAGCAGAAGCGCUCUUUAUCCUUUUGUAUUUCUUGUUGUUUCGCCAGGAGAUCUUGGUGCUGACCCUGAGUGUUUCCUAGGUGCAUGAUGAGGAACUUCCCUUCCUAACAGAGAGAACGCUUCUGGAGGGAGAAGUGGUACAAAAAAGUGCGGUUUUCACUUACAUUGUGAAAUGUGAAAAUAAAGUCGUCAGCUCUUUUAGUUAAA